UAUCACGCGAACCCUUUCAGGUGCUGUUACGGGUGCGAAACAAACAGAAGGUACUCGUCAGUUCUUUGAGAAGAUAGUUUAGUAACUAACGUUAGUUAGCCAGCUAGGCUAGUUCUGUGAUUCGGCUAACUUCAUGUAAAGUUAGUGUCAGUUGUUGAGUUUCGUUUGCUCGCUAGAGAAGUUGGAUACCCAAGAUGUCUAAACGGAGAAGCGCCGCUGGCAAUGAAAACCCAAACAAACGCCUAAAAUCUGCGGCGAGGACUGAAGAGGAGGAGGCAAAUAUUGAUGAUUGUGACCAGGGAGAUCCUACUCAGAACCAACGGUUCCAGUGUGCCAGCGAUGUGGUUAGUGACGCAGGGAUUGUGGAAAGCAUCACACUGAAGAAUUUCAUGUGCCACUCAUUGCUUGGUCCUUUUGCAUUUUGUCCCAAUGUCAACUUUGUUGUUGGCAACAAUGGAAGUGGAAAGAGUGCCAUUCUCACAGCUCUCAUAGUUGCCUUAGGUGGAAAUGCACAGGCUACAAAUAGAGGAUCAUCCCUCAAGGGGUUUGUGAAAGAAGGAGAAAGUGCAGCUGACGUAUCGGUCACCCUGCGUAACAAAGGGAGGGACGCUUACAAACCUGAGGUGUAUGGUCCCAUUAUCAUUAUAGACCUAAGGAUAACACGAGAGGGGCUAAGAACAUAUAAACUGAGAAGUAAAUCAGGUCAGGUUAUCUCAACCAAAAAGGAAGAGCUCCUUUCCAUUCUGGACAAUUACAAUAUCCAGGUCAACAAUCCUGUAUCAAUUCUGACUCAGGAGAUGAGCAAAUACUUUCUACACUCAAAAGGAGAAGGGGACAAGUAUAAGUUUUUUAUGAAAGCUACCCAACUGGAGCAGAUGAGAGAGGACUUUGUUUACAUCAAAACCACCAAGCACGUAACAGAGGAUAAAGUUGAGCAACACAGUGAAUGUUUGAAAGAACUAAAGCGGAAAUACUUGGAGACAGAGGACCGUUACAAAAGCCUUGCAUCACUUGAUGAAAUGCACACCAAGCUGGAAGAGUUACAGAAACAAAUGGCUUGGGCUUUGGUGGCUGAGAUGGAAAAGGGCUUGGAGCCGAUGAAGGAGAAGCUGCAAUUAGACAAACGUUCCACAGAGAAAUAUGAUGAGAAGGUGGACGAAUGGAAGAAUAAGGUGGACCAAGCAGAAAAGAAGUAUAAGCAGAUUCAGGAACAACUGGAGGGACUCACCCAGCAAGUUCAAGAUCUUCAGCCUAAAUGUGCUGAGCUCAAGGCUGAGUCCCAGAAACGUAACAGCCUUGUCAAAGCCAGAGAGGUUACUGUACACACAUGCAGAGCUAGCAUUAGAGACCUGGAAAAGGACAAAGCACAGCUGUCCUCUAGGAUAAAUGAUCUGAAAAUAAGCAUCAGCCAAACAACAGGUGCAGAGAGCCAGGCAAGAGCAGAACGUGUGGAGCAGAUCCAAACUGAGCUGGAAAACCUGAAACAUCAGAUUUCCACUCUAGGACAGCAGAUUAACCAGUAUGAACAUGCCAGUAACCGUGCCAAAGAAGAGCAAGAUAAGAUAAAGAGAGAGUAUGUGAUCUUCAAGAGGUCCAUUGACGCUAACAAAAGGAACCUCAAUACUAUGGAGAAAAGUCGUUCAAAUCGACUUCAGCGUUUUGGAGAGCACAUGCCUGCACUGCUCAGUGCCAUCCAGGAUGCUCACAGAAAGGGCCAGUUCAAGCACAGACCCAGAGGACCUCUUGGACACCUUAUUUGUCUGAAGGACCCGGAGCAGGCCCUUGCUGUAGAAGUAUGCCUUAAGGGCCAGCUACAGGCCUUCACAUGCGACAACUAUGAGGAUGAAAAGGUUCUGCAGGGCCUCAUGGCCAGAGUGUGUUUGGGAGGUCGUAGGCCUACCAUCAUCACCAGCCCUUUCCUGCCACAUGUCCAUGACACACGAAAGAGGGCCGUGAAUCAUCCUCAAUACCCUUCUGUGCUUCAAUCUCUGGAAAUUGAAGACCCAGUUGUGGCUAACUGCCUCAUAGAUCAAAAGAGCAUAGAGAGUAUUCUGCUCAUCAAGAAUCGCACAGAGGCUCGAAAAGUGAUGCAAGGAAGAAGUCCUCCUCAGAACUGUUAUCAGGCCUUCUCUAAGGAUGGUGAUCAGAUCUACAGUAACCGUAGUUACAGUGCUGAUCAAACCAGACCAAAAUAUCUGUCUGGAGAUGUUGAGGAGGAAAUCAGGCACUUACAGAGGGAGCUGCAGAACCAGGAAGCUCAGGAAGCUCGUUUCCAGCAACAGAUGAGGAAGCUGGAUGAAGACAUUAAACAGAAUGAAGGACUACUGAGACGAGCUUAUAUAGACCAAAAGACAGCUAAAAGCAAGGCCACAAAAUUGGAGCUUGAGCUGACAGAUUUACAGAAUGUGGAAGAGCCUCAGUCAGAAGACCUCAGGCCACUGGAGGAGGAGCUGCAAGAGGUUGUUGCAAAGAUUUCAACUAAGCGUACAGAGUACGAGGAAGCAAAAACCCAACUGGCAAGCCUCAAAGCAGACUACGAAAAAGCAGAGCAGGAAUACAAGCAGCACAAAGAAAAAAUCAACACCAUUGUUGAAGAGGCUGAUUCAAUCAAGGAGGAACUGAGUAAAAGUGACCAGGAGGUGAUGAAGUCCAAACAUCACAAGAAACAUUACGAUGACAAACGCAGUGCCCAUCUCCGCAAUAUACAGACUCUUGAAGACCAGCUAAAAAGCAAAGAGGAGGAAAUAAAGACAUCUGUGGCCAAGGCUACUAAAAUCUGUCCAGAACGUAUUGACGUCCGUCGCACAGCCAAGACUCUGGACACUGAGAUCACUCGCCUCAAAGUGAAGAUCUCUACCCAGCAGGAGCAACAAGGGGACCGCGAGGAGAUUGUGAAGCAGUACCAUGACGCCAUGGAGAACUACAAGAACAUGUCGCAUCAAAUGAAGAACCUCAACAGCUUCAUAAAAUGCAUGGACAGUGUGAUGAACCACAGACUUCAAGUUUACGCCGACUUAAGGAGGUUCCUCUCGGCCCGCUGUAAAUACUACUUUAAUAGCAUGCUUGCUCAGAGAGGUUACAGCGGAAGUAUGAUAUUUGACCACAAGAAUGAAACCCUCUCCAUCUCAGUCCAACCAGGCCAAGAAAGCAAUGCUGACAUAAGCGACAUGCGUUCCUUGUCUGGAGGCGAACGGUCAUUCUCCACCGUUUGCUUUGUCCUCUCUCUUUGGGCCAUCACAGAGGCGCCUUUCCGCUGUCUUGACGAGUUUGAUGUUUACAUGGACAUGGUGAACAGGAGGAUUUCUAUGGACAUGAUGCUGAAAGUGGCUUUGGGUCAACAUUAUAGACAGUUUGUUUUCCUCACCCCACAGAACAUGAGUUCUCUUCCAGAGUCCAAUUUCAUCCGCAUCCUCCGUCUCAAAGAUCCAGAGCGUGACAAAAACGACUCUCAAAGACGACAAAAUGAGGAUCAGUAAUAUUGCUAUAAUUUACCACUUCAUUCAGGCCGUAAGACUGCAGAAAACACAGAUGGCCGUUUGUUUUUUCAUAUUGAAUUUGUUCGUUCAGAUGUUUUUUACUUCCCCUUUCAGGACGGGACUUUUUCAUUUGUUAAGUUCAUUUAUUACUUGUUAAAAGUCUCGUUCUGUUUUAAUAAAACAUUUGCAAGAAAUAAAUGGCGAUGUUGUGCCAAAGAAGG